AGUACAGCACAGCUAGCUAGCAAGGUUGGCACACCUUGCGGGGACGGCACACCAAGCGGGGACGGCACACCAAGCGGGGACGGCACACCUUGCGGGGACGGCACACCUUGCGGGGACGGCACACCUUGCGGGGACGGCACACGAAGCGGGGACGGCACACCACGCGGGGACGGCACACCAAGCGGGGACGGCACACCAAGCGGGGACGGCACAGCAAGCGGGGACGGGACACCAAGCGGGGACGGCACACCAAGCGGGGACGGCACACCAAGCGGGGACGGCACAGCAAGCGGGGACGGCACAGCAAGCGGGGACGGCACACCAAGCAGGAACGGCACACCAAGCGGGGACGGCACAGCAAGCGGGGACGGCACAGCAAGCGGGGACGGCACACCAAGCGGGGACGGCACACCAAUGCUGACUGCUGCGGGCCACACGCUGUGGCGUGCCACCCCCCUGGCCGCCCUCCUGCGUGCACCACCAGCUGCGGCGCCAGCACUGCUGUGGAGGCCGUGGCUGGCUGGCUGGGUGGGGGGCUGGCUGCUGGCUGCGGCCCCGCCUCUGCAGGUCUCCUCUGGCGGCUCCUCACCCAGCCAGCCAGUGGCCACGUGGGGCCCGCGGCGGCAGCUCGCCACAGCACUGCCCGGCCGACACGUGCGCCGCUGCCCCACAGAGGCGUCUCGCGCACAGUGCUGGAGACUCCCGAGCAAACAGGAACACGGCAGACAUCCGGAUGAGAGGCGUCACGCUUCCCGUGGUUUGGCCGUCCUGCGGCAGACUUCCGCUGCGCUCGCCGUCAUAUUGAGCGCGCGCUCCCUGCGACGCGCACUGCUUCUGUUUGCUCCCCAGUGUCGACAGCGGACAAUGCAGCCGGCGGGCGUAAUUGCCACACUGGCAGCUCUGCUUGCAGGGAAUGGGACAUCGGUGCUGGAUAGCCUCUGCUGGCACCUCAACAACGUUACUGAGUCUGGGAGAAUCGAUAAAUUCAGGCGCGUUGAAGAUUUGGUGCGAUGGAACUACUGUGUUGGUGAAGUUUGGCCAGCGAAGAUGAGAGCGUGCGACAGCUCGGACCAGCCGCUCCUCGCGCGGUCAGCUGCGCAGCGCCUGCUAGACCGCCUCAGGGACUCCGGACUGUCGCCGCCGCCAGCAGGUGGAGCGGAGGAGGGAGGGGGGUGCGCCGCCGCCCUGGCGCAGCUCCGCCGCCUCACGUAUAACGAAGCCUGGGAACUCGUCCAGAAGCUCGACUGCCAGAUCGCUGACGACUGUAUCGACUCCCGCCGUGUACCGAGGUUGAACAACAUGGAAUGGAACAUGACAACGCUGCAAACGGCUGAUCUGAGGCAUCAUAUCCUGUCCCAGUCAGCGCAUGCUGUUCGGCGCAUCACAAGAGCCACAUUAAGCAGGGUGAGAUGUGAGGCGCGGCGUCUUGUUCAGUUUGAGUGGAUGGAUAAAUCUGAUCUGCAGGUCCAGGCGGCUGUUUUCCGGAAAGGACUCUCCAGCUACUGGCGGGACUUGGCGCCGCUGCUCUCACUCGAUGCGACGCACGCCCCACAGCUGUUGGUUCCCCUCGCAUUCGAACGUAUGGGUAAGCACGCAAGUGAUCAGCAACUCCACGGUUGGAUUAAGGACAUGGAACGUGUGAAAGACAUGCUGCGCACGAAAUCAACCGGAUGGUUACAGGACUUGCAAUUCGCCAACAAACAGGUGGAGCACUACGAGGUGGAAGAAGACAAGGACAGGCCAGGGCAUGUGAUAAUCAGGCGGCCGCUGUUGAGUGUACGCCUGCUGAGCUAUCAUCCGUGGAGCCUCUCCUUUGACGACGACUUCAGUGCGCUGUGCAAGGAGCGGCAGCCAGAGGCGUCGCAGAUGUUCAGCCUCGCUGACGACCUGUACGCUUUCCAUCGUACCUACUGGUUCCGGGCAGCUGAGUACAUCUUUUCAUUCUACGAUUUCGAUUUCAAGAUUGUAG